GAUUGACCCCUCUAGCAAGAGGAGAGCCUACUCCCCCAACAGCAGCAGCGAGUGCCCGUCAGACAGCAAGAAGUCACGCAGCGUGUCCCCCAAAGAGAACUCCCACACCCCCGUGCUGGAGGGAGGCGGCCACAGUCACAUGACCCCGGAGGAGCACUACAGGCGGAUUAUGUCAGCGCUGAACGAGCAGGGCUCCUACGAGGAGCAGCAACAGCGCCUCUACCAGCUGGCCAACAACAUGGGCCUUCCCAGCCAUGAUCUGUUGCGGGUGCGCCAGGAGGCCCUGGCAGCAGUGAGGAACACGGGGGGUAUGGAGGCCCAUCUCCCCUCGGCAGGCAGCUCGUCAAGCCAGAGACGCAAGCAGGGCCUGCCCCAGCACCGAGACGCCCACUACACCGAGAG